AUGGCUGUAGAUCAGACCGAAAGGGUUCUGUGGCCACAUUUCUUAUCUAGACUUCGCGAGGCUUUCUCGCUCGACGCCAUGUCUGGUCCAGAAGCGCAAGACAUGGCUGCCAUGCAAGCACACAUCAUACGCCCAAAGACUCUCUCACUGUCCGAACAGUCUCGCCUAAAGGCCACAGUUGAUUCAUUGCCCCCAAAAUCGGUGGCCGACUUUUUACUAUCGGUAUGCAUCAAACACGGUGUCGACAUAUUCUUCUACUUUGAUCAAGCCCAGGUCAUCGACGAGCUGGACCAAUUUUACUCCAACCCGAUGUCUCCCUUGAGAUCAGACCCUAGCUUUAUUUGCCUUUUACUAGGAAUCUUUGCCCUUGGGAGCCACUGGACCCCUCUCGAAAGACCAAAUAACUUGUCACCCACUCUCCAAACUGAGGAAUGCGACCCAGGGCGUGUCUUUUUUCGCCAAGCCAAACUUCUGGUCCCCGACAUUAUAGAGAGGUCAUGCUUAAGAUCUAUCCAAGCCUGCUUUCUUCUCGGUGUCUGCCUCAUGCCGCUGAGUGCUGUCAAGUCUUCAUACAUCUAUAUGGGUCUAGCUCUAAGGAAGGCAUUGACGUUUGAUCUACAUCAAAGCUCGGAUGAUCAAAUGCUAGAUGAGAGAGAGCGGGAGGUUCGUCAUCGGCUUUGGUGGUCUAUUUAUUCUCUCGAACGAUGCACAACCAUCAAGCUCAACCGGCCGCGGUCUGUGGAUGCCGGUAUCAUCAAGGCCCCGUUGCCGACCCCUCUGCCAUCGCUUGACAGGGCCCAGAAGUUUGACAACAUCCAACUCCAAAUUGCCUAUGCACGUCUGAUAACAAUAUUAGACCGUGCCACAGACUCAGAGGCCCCAUCAACCGAAGCUGCGAAACCUACGGGGUCAGCAAAUGCGGAAGCCAAGCUAAGAGAGUGGAAGAAAUCCCUACCCGAAGACUUUGAUCUGGAGAGUAUUAAUCCUCGGGACUCGAGAUACCGAGCGGUCUUUCACCUUUAUUUGAAUUACUACUAUGCCUGGAUCGCUAUCGGCAAGGUCUCACUAAUUACAGCCGUGAGAACUACACUUCAGCAUCAUCUAGGUCAGGAAUCUCAACCAUUAAGAAUUGACGGGGCAAUUGAAAGAUUAUCCAAGUCCUGCACAAAAGCGGCGAGAAAGCUCCUUCAACUUUUCGAGGACUUGACCCGCAUCCGGAACACGGCUCGAUUCUCUUUUACGGACUUUCAAGGCUGCAGUAUUGCAACCAUCGUUACUCUCAUUGCGGGAAUUAUUGAAAGGGACUCCACGUAUGAGAGCAGAGUGACCUUUGGUCUAAAUUGUCUCCGAGAUAUGGCAGCUGGGAAUUUGACUGCCAAAGUGGGUGUGAGAUUCGUGGAAACACUACAGGCUAUCUCAAACGAGGCGGCUCAUAAACUCCGGCAAUCUGGCACCUUUUCAGACCAGCUUGAAGAAGGCAUAGAGUCACUACAGCCUUCAGCAUACAAUGACUGGGCAGCGUGGCUUGCAAGUCAACAUCAGCCACAGACAAACAUUUUCGACAGUACGGUUGAACAAGUGACAGCUAGUAAGCCUGAGAUCACAAGUAGGGAGCGGUCUGCUCCGGACGCGGACUUGUGUAACCUGCAGAAUACGGAUGAAGAUGCUGGGUGGAGCGGACUCGAGCCACUCUCAACUACGAGACUGUUGAUGCAACAGCCGACAACAGUGUCUGAGCCAUUGGUCAUGCCAGAGAACGAUUUUACUUCGACCAUUUACCGUGAUGACCAGAGUUUCCUAAUUGGACUUACAGGACUAGAUAUGCUGGACUUUGCUGGUUAUUCAAAUCAGCUGGACUGA